AUGACUGAUGUCUUGUCUAAAGCACUGUCCGCAGUGACAGAGGCUUUGGCUAGCCCGCCAUCCCCUGAAAGCAUCAAUAUUGGGACAGCAAUGCAACUGCUCGGCGCAAUGGAUGAUCUUCGCACGAUGCUUGAGCCACCUAAUCUUGCUGUGAUCAAGCUAAGUAUUGCGCCGUAUGCUCUGAGUGCAACUCGAGUUGCCCAGGGAAUGGGCAUCUUCAAUGCAUUCGCCCAGGCGGAGGGCUCAAAGGAAUUGACAUUGGAAGAGCUCGAUGAGCAGACAAAGGGUGAUAAGCAACUCCUCUUUCGCAUAAUGCGCCAUCUCUCUGCUUCUAAAAUAUUCACAUUGGUGGAUGGCUCGAAAUAUCGUCCUUCGCCAUUGGCAUUGACACUUGCAGACGGCUCGCCGGUGGGUGACUGUGUGAAGCAUUUCUAUCUCAACAUGAGAGGCACGAGCUUCCUCAAUGAAUAUCUUCGGGACAGAAACUACACUAAUCCCGACGAUGCCAAUGAUACGGUUUUCCAGUAUGCCCACAAUACAAAGGAGCAUUUCUUCGAAUGGCUGGACCAUAACAUAGAGGACCAAUUGGCAUUCAAUUCUGUGAUGACCAUGAAUCGUCAAUUUAGCCAGGGUGAAUGGUAUGAGGCCUUCCCCGUGGAGGAAAAACUCAAUGUCUCCGAGUCUCCUGAUCGAACUUUGCUCGUUGAUAUUGGUGGUGGCAUUGGAGCUGAUGUUUUAUUGUUCAAAAAACACUUCCCCCAGCUACCUGGCAAACUGGUAGUUCAGGACCUGCCCGGUGUGAUCAAUGACAUCAAGGGUCCACUGCCUGAAGGAGUCAGCGCUAUGACUUACAACAUGUUCGAGACACAGCCAGUGAAGGGCGCCAAAGCCUAUUAUCUUCGCACUGUCCUACAUGACUGGCCUGAUAAGCAAGCACUCGAAACUCUCAAGAUGGUUCGGGAAGCCAUGGCCGAGGAUUCGAUUUUGCUUAUAAAUGAACACAACAUGCCAGAGUCGAACCAGUCGAACGCCUCUACUGCAAUCGACCAGGACAUGAUGGAAGUUUUCUCUUCUUUGGAGCGAACUGAGGCAGAGUGGAAUUCUCUACUUGAAAAGGGCGGAUUUAAUGUGGUGAAGGUUUGGAAAUCUGCGCCUAGUGGUCCACUUGAGCGCGUAUUAUAUGAAGCUGUGAAGGCAUAA